AUGACUACUAGUUUAUCCCAUAUGAUUGCUCAAAUUCAAGAAGAUUUUAAUAAAAGGCUUGAUGACUUGGAGCUAGGGUUAGAGAAUGUUUCCGAAUCAAUCUCAGAAUUAGAUAGUGAACAAUUAAACAAAAACGAAAUCAAUGAUCAAAAGGGAAACUUCUUUCCAGAAACAUUUUCUGACGAUCCAAACAAAGCAAUUGACGAAAUAAUUACAGGAAUUAAGAUCUCAAAUUCGAAAAAAUCAUCAGCAAAGAAACUCAUUGAAAAAGCUAAUAGACAAUAUGUUGAUUUAGGUUUUCAACGUGCCUCUACUGAACUUUCUGCAUGUUUGAAGCAAAUGGUAACACAAGAAGAACAAUCAAUAGAAGAUGAGAUAAAUAGACUAGAUGAAAAGAUAUCAAAUCUUCAUGACCAUAUGAAAGAAUCAUUCAAAGAAUUACGACAGAUGAUUGUUGAAGUUGCAAAAUUCAAAGCGGAAAAAGAAGCAGAGCAACCAGCAUAUGCCCAUGAUAGAGGUUACCGCGGUAGAGGUAAGAAAGUCGAUACAGGAUUUCCAUUAUUGAAAAGAUCUUUGAGAAAGAAAUACUCUCCUGAGAAAGAAGAUCAACAGAAUAAAAAUGAGCAAAAUAAAUCUCUCGAACUCGUUAUAGGAAAAGAAAAUGUCACAAAUUUAUCUAAAACUUUAAUGGCCUAUCAAAACAAGCUUAAUGUAUAG